AUGACCUCACCACCUCAAAUAGACGCGAUUGAACCUGCGCCAGUUCAGCCUCAUCAGCAAACUCCCGAAAGUGAUGAGAAAGCGACAACUGCCGCUUCCAUUACUGGCUCAUUAGACCAACCAGUUUGUCCCGACACCGAAAGCAACAGCGGAAAUCUAGAGCUCCAAGAUCAGUCACAGCGUCUACCAUUCUUCCGCCUCAUUCUUGCCUACCUCUGUCUAUGUUUCUGUUAUUUCAUCUCAUAUCUCGACAUGAACUCUGUCGCGACAUCGUUGCCCACCAUUUCCGAGGCAUUGGAUGCUGGUCCGACUGUUACUUGGGUCGGAACUUCAUACCUUCUCGGCCAACUCUCAUUCCAGCCACUUUAUGGUAGAGUAUCCGAUAUCACUGGACGAAAACCUGUCUUGUUGUUCUCUAUGGGGUGCAUCGUGGUAGGCGGUCUCCUUUGUGGCUUCGCCCGUACACCCGUCUGGCUGUACGUCUGUCGCACGAUCAGCGGCAUUGGCGGCGGUGGCAUAAGCUCUUCAGUGGCCAUCAUCGUCAGUGAUCUCGUCAGCCUGCGAUCUCGUGGGAAAUACCAAGGAUUUAUUAGUCUCGCCAUUGGCAUUGGAGCUGCUUCUGGUCCAUUUGUAGCCGCUGGGCUGAUUCAACAGACCACCGACGGAUGGCGAUGGGCGUUCUGGGUCCCGUCGAUAAUGGGAGCCAUAUGCUUCGUGCUUCUUCUCCUCCUUUUGCCUCUGAAGCCCGUUUCUGGGAGCUUCAAGGAAAAGGCUCGUAAGAUUGACUGGAUGGGGGUGACGGCUUCGAUUGCAGGUAUCGUGUUGACGGUUAUGGCCAUCAACUCUGGAGGCAGCAUAUGGGCCUGGGCGAAUGCGAAGACCAUCUCUAUACUCACUAUCGGGGUCAUCAUGCUGCUAGUCUUCAUUAUCAUUGAGGCUUUCUUUGCCAGAAUCCCCAUCAUUCCCUUGCGACUUUUCAGGCAGAGAUCUCCAGCUGUACUCAUCCUCACAGGAUUCUUGCAUGACUUUGCUUGGCAAUCUACACAGUACUUUGUCCCUCUGUACUACCAAACCGUUCGCGGCUUCACGCCUCUGAAGAGCGCGACGCUCAUUGUACCGUUUCUGCUUGCGCAAGGACUUGCUGGCGCUGCUUCGGGGCCCAUCAUGGCUCGUUAUGCGAGAUAUAUGCCAAUCUUGCGGACUGGUUUCAUGAUCUGGACAAUUGGUGCCGGUCUCAAGCUUCUAUUCAAUGAGCACACCCAUGUCGCUGUCUAUGUCGUGGUUCUAGCUGUUGAAGGAGCAGGGAUAGGAUGGGUUCAUCAGCCAGGCCUUGUUGCGUUGCAAGCCAACUCUGCGGACGAAGACCGUGCUGUGGCAACAGGAACCCGCAACGUCUUUCGUUCCCUCGGUGGCGUUGUUGGUAUCGCCGUGUCCACAGCUGCAUACUAUGCUACUCUGAACAAAGCUCUUUCACAACCCAACGCGGUGCCGGAAUGGCUACGUGACCGAGUCUUGGAUGGUACUUGGGCUAUUGGGGACUCCGCCAUUGCAGAGUUCGAAAGCGCCGUCAUCGAUGCGCGCAUGCAAGGCUUUCGAGUGAUCUUCAUCACCACGAUACCUCUCAUGGCUAUAUGUCUGCUGGCCAGUUUCUUGGUAGAUGAUAUCGUGCUGAAGGGUGAUGCCGCUCAGGGAGGUGCGAGAGGAGACCGUCCGAUCAGCUGCUCAGCAAUUGCUCCAACUGUGCCUUCGGAAACCAAGAGCGAUGGCUCGCAGCAGGUGGAUUCUUGUACGAGACAAUAA